GGAAGUGUUCGAGGAGGAGAGAGACCGGAAGGGGAACAGAGGAGCGCCAACGCCUGUCCCGACUGAGCUCGCCUCGCUUCCCGUCUUCCCUUCUCGAUUAGUGCAGCUGCUUAGCAGGUUUGGACCAGGUUCGGCUGCCAUCGAUGGAAUCACAAGAUGACUUGCCGCCACCACCACCCCUACCGCCAAGUGUGGAGCCUAUCAGAGCUGAGGAGGCUGGUGACUUGCCACCACCACCACCCCUACCGCCAAGUGUGGAGCCUAUCAGAGCUGAGGAAGCAAAGAAAUUGGCGAAGCCAAAGAGAGCCCUGAUUGCUCGUCCUGGUUAUGGCAAGAGAGGAAACCCGAUUAACCUUGUUACAAACCAUUUUAAAGUUUCCUUGAAGACCACUGAUGAGUUCUUCCAUCAUUAUUAUGUGAAUCUGAAGUAUGAAGACGAUCGCCCAGUGGAUGGGAAAGGCGUUGGAAGGAAGGUGAUCGACAAACUCCAGCAGACCUAUGCGUCUGAGCUUGCUCAUAAAGACUUCGCCUAUGAUGGUGAAAAAAGUCUUUUCACCAUUGGUGCUCUUCCGCAAGUUAACAAUGAGUUUGUUGUUGUUCUGGAAGACAUUUCAAGUGGAAAGACUGCUGCAAAUGGAAGCCCAGGAAAUGGGAGUCCUCCUGGAAGUGACAGGAAACGAGUCAAGAGGCCAUAUCAAACUAAAACCUUUAAGGUUGAGCUGUCCUUUGCAGCUAAAAUUCCUAUGAGCGCCAUUGCAAUGGCACUGAAAGGUCAGGAAUCAGAGCACACCCAGGAAGCAAUUCGGGUUAUUGAUAUCAUUUUGAGACAGCACUCUGCCAAGCAGGGUUGCCUGCUAGUUCGACAAUCAUUUUUUCACAACAAUCCGUCAAACUUUGUUGACUUGGGUGGGGGUGUGAUGGGGUGUAGAGGAUUUCACUCCAGCUUUCGAGCCACACAGAGUGGGCUAUCUCUGAAUAUUGAUGUUUCCACGACAAUGAUUGUGAAACCUGGCCCUGUUGUUGAUUUCUUACUUGCCAACCAGAAGGUUGAUCACCCAAACAGAAUUGAUUGGGGCAAGGCCAAGCGUGCACUCAAGAAUUUAAGGAUAAAAACAAGCCCAGCAAACACUGAGUACAAGAUUGUUGGCUUGAGUGACCGCAAUUGUCAUGAACAGAUGUUCUCCCUGAAGCAAAGGAAUGGUGGGAGUGGUGACCCUGAAGCAAUAGAAAUAUCUGUCUAUGAUUACUUUGUGAAGAACAGAGGGAUUGACUUGAGGUACUCUGGUGAUUUCCCAUGUAUUAAUGUGGGGAAACCAAACCGUCCAACCUAUUUUCCCAUUGAGCUAUGCUCACUGGUGCCCUUGCAACGAUAUACCAAGUCUCUGAGUACCCUUCAAAGAUCAUCUCUUGUCGAGAAGUCUAGGCAGAAACCACUGGAAAGGAUGUCGGUUUUAACUGAUGUACUAAAACGCAGCAGCUAUGACACAGAGCCCAUGCUAAGCGCAUGUGGGAUUUCUAUAGCUCAAGGCUUUACACAAGUGGCUGGAAGGGUACUGCAGCCCCCCAAGCUCAAAGCUGGAAACGGUGAAGAUAUUUUCACUAGAAAUGGGCGUUGGAAUUUCAAUAACAAGAGGCUUAAUAGAGCUUGCCACGUGGAUAGAUGGGCAGUGGUUAACUUCUCAGCUCGCUGCAACUGCAAAGAUCUUGUCCGUGACCUCAUCAAGUGUGGUGCCGCGAAGGGCGUUAAAGUAGAUGAACCUUUUGCUGUGUUUGAGGAGAAUGGCCAAGUGAGACGCUCCCCUGCUCCAAGAAGGGUUGAUGAUAUGUUUGAACAAGUGAAGACAAAGCUGCCUGGAGCACCUAGGUUUCUAUUGUGCGUUCUUGCAGAGAGGAAAAACUCAGACGUUUAUGGUCCAUGGAAGAGAAAAUGCCUUGCUGAGUUUGGGAUUGUCACUCAAUGUGUGGCCCCAACAAGGGUCAAUGACCAAUAUCUGACAAAUGUUCUGUUGAAGAUUAAUGCAAAGCUUGGUGGCAUGAAUUCCUUGCUGCAAAUUGAAACAAGCCCUGCCAUCCCUCUUGUAUCAAAGGUGCCAACUAUUAUCCUGGGAAUGGAUGUGUCCCAUGGCUCCCCUGGACAGUCUGAUAUACCGUCAAUUGCAGCAGUUGUUAGUUCCCGUGAAUGGCCUCUGGUCUCAAAAUACAGGGCAUCAGUGCGUUCUCAAUCACCCAAGCUAGAAAUGAUAGAUUCAUUGUUUAAGCCACAAGGCAAAGAGGAUGAUGGCCUCAUUAAGGAGUGCCUGGUUGACUUCUACACCAGCUCAGGAAAAAGAAAGCCCGAACAGAUUAUUAUCUUUCGGGAUGGUGUUAGUGAGAGCCAGUUCAAUCAGGUUCUUAACAUUGAGUUGGAUCAGAUAAUCGAGGCAUGCAAGUUCUUGGAUGAAACUUGGAACCCAAAAUUCACACUGAUUGUUGCUCAGAAGAAUCACCACACAAAGUUUUUCAUGCCUGGAGCUCCUGACAACGUCCCUCCUGGCACUGUUGUGGAUAAUGCAGUCUGCCAUCCAAGGAAUUAUGACUUCUACAUGUGUGCUCACGCUGGAAUGAUAGGGACUACAAGGCCAACCCACUACCACAUCCUGCAUGAUGAGAUUCACUUCACCGCAGAUGACCUGCAGGAUCUUGUCCACUCCCUCUCCUAUGUCUACCAGAGGAGCACAACAGCCAUAUCAGUUGUAUCUCCGAUCUGCUAUGCUCAUCUGGCUGCUGCUCAGGUGGCACAGUUCAUCAAGUUCGAUGAGAUGUCUGAGACCUCGUCGAGCCAGGGUGGCACCCAUACCUCUGCUGGCAGCGCUCCAGUGCAGGAGCUGCCUCGCCUGCAUGAGAAGGUCAAGAGCUCGAUGUUCUUCUGCUGAGCCAGCCCCGCCUCCGCGUGUGCUGCCGUGCUCUUCAACUUUUUGUGAUGCCUGCUGUGAUGCCUGAUAUGUAGUUGUAGUGAUGGCCAGCUGAACACCUGGGAUGUGCUGGUAUGCUGGACACCUGUGCACUUGGUGCCUAAGAACCUAGCUUUGAAUUCCGUUAGUAUGGCUACUGUUGAACCCUUAAUCCUGUCAGGAUGCUGCUCUGUUGAACAUUUGCUAUGGACCAUAUGUAUGGUGCUUUUCAUCUGCC